CAAAAAGAUUGCAAACAUUUCUGUCAACAUCAUGAUUUUACGUUAUUAGUUAACUAAUAAAAUAAGAGUACAAAGUUUGGAUUAAGAUUUAAGAGCAUCUAUUUAUUAUUAUUUGAUUUAUUUCUCAGUUGUCCCACUCGCUCUCCAGCUGGUCACCAUAUUAAACCAAAUCCAAUUUCCCCAGUAUCCCUUAUCUUUCCCUUUUCUGACAUUUUGACUAUAAUCGCCGCUAUGAGUUUUCAGUGUUCACGUUUUACACCUGUAUUUCAAUCAAUAAUGAUUUCUCUAAUUUAAACCAGAGAAACCCCCCAGAAACUUUUAUAUGAAAAAUGCACUUUUAUAGUACACUGAUAUUUUGCAUAAAAACCCCCCAGCCAUCUCUCCCUGUAUCGUCCCUUCCUUCUUUCAAUUUGGUAUUUCUCCGACCCGACCCAUUUUGAUUUGACAAAUUCUCCCCAUUGUAGCGUCUCCUACGUUGGCAAAGAAGAAGAUGAGCCGGUUCAAGAGAUGGGAACUCGUUGAGCACUCCGCAUUUCCAUGGGAGACUUCUCUUCUCUCAUUCCCGCCCAACUCCAUUUCCUUAAACCCCUGUUUCCCUUCCCUCUCUUCCAUUGAAGACGAGCUCGAUUUCACCCUCGAUCUCCUUAACCACACCACCACUAAGCCUCCUCCGGCUCUGUUCGAUUUUCCGUCGCCUUUUGACGGCUUCGACACCCUCACCGAUCUGAUCCAGGUUGAGAAGACCCCUUUCUACACCAAAACCCACCGAGUCCAGCGGCGCGUUGACCGUGCCGCACUCAGGAACGAGCUCUACCUUCAGAGCUUGUGCGACCGGGUUUCUGCACUGGAGCUGAGCUUUGACCGGUUGGCCGGAGCGAAGAAGUCCAAGAUCGGAGAGAGGAAGUACACGUGGACGACGGAGAUUAAGGAUCCUGAAGAAGACGGCCUCGAUCGCAAGUACAAAUGGACUACUGAGAUCAAGGAUGGCAAGAAGAAAGGGCAUCUGCACAAGAACUUCAAGUACACAGCUGAGAUCAAAGGCAAGGGCGAGGACUCACCAUUCUCUCGUAAGUACACCUUCACUGCAUCCUCCGGCGAUUCCGAUGACAGCAGCGGCCACAAAGAGAAGGAGAAGAAAGAUGUGAAUAAAGAUAAGAAAAAACCAGCGGGAUCCACCCGUUUGGUUGAGAUCCAGGAUCACUCCUCCGAUCAUGGGGCCCUCGUCUUGAGACAGGCAUUUGCUAGGAGGGUGGAGAAGUUGCGCGGGAAGAGGAAGGAGUUAUCUCCCCAAGAUGCGGCGAUGAAGAUACAGUUGUCCUUCAAAGCUUAUUUAGUGAGGAGGUCACAGGCGUUGCGUGCACUUCGUGAGUUGGCCAUUGCUAAGACCAAGCUCAAGGAGAUCAGAGCUCUGUUCAACAACUUCUCUUACCGUCGCCGCCUCACUCGUGAUGCCGAGGAGCGCCAGAGGUUCUCCGAGAAGAUCAUUGUGCUGCUUCUCACUGUUGAUGCCAUUGAGGGAGCUGAUAUGCUCGUGCGGGCUGCUAAGAAGUCGAUGGUGGAUGAGUUGGAAGCCAUGCUAGAUGUGGUAGACCCGCAGCCAGGUGGAAGAUCACAAUCCAUGAAGAGGAGAACAUUUGAUAUGCCUGAUUCAGUGAUUCAGAAGGAACUUGCCGCUGGUGUAGCCCAGGUAGUUCAGAUGCUGGAUGAUGAAGCUAAUGUUUCUGAAACCCUCGAAGCCAACUUAUGAUUCUCUGUCACUGUUGUGAAAUUACCACUUCUAUGCAUCUUCUUUUGUUGUCCCUUUUUCUAAGCAAAGAGGUUAGAUUAUGCAUAUGUGGACAUGUUACCACCGGAUGCGAUCUUGCUUGUGUUAGUUGUCUGCAUAGGCCUUUCAGGCGAUUUGCUUUGUGUUGGAAGAGCUUGUUUUCAGCCCCAUGACUAAUGAGGGUUUCUACUCGUUAAAAGUUAUUUAGACUCUGUAAUGGUUCAAGUUAAACUCAAUCCUCUGCUUCUUAGGCUAACUUCUUGUUUAUUUAUAUAAUGUUGUCAUCUCUUUUAAGAUGAUACAUUCUGGCAUAUCUUGCUGUGUUCUUUUCCUUUGCAUCGCCUGCAUGGUAUUUCGAGAUACACAAAUGUGCCUUGACCAGUUGUUGGGUCAGUCCAGUUUUACAUUAACGUUUAACUUCAACUGCUUCAUCUUAGCAUAUUGAAUCUCCCUCGAGUCCAGUGCUAUCGGUUGUUGUUCAUUGAAUUUGAUCAAGUUGUCCGAAUUUGGGUGGGUCUUUCGUCCACUGAUUGUCCGUGCUGUCAUCAGAGACUCAAGAAAUAAGCAAACAAGUUUACGUGGAAAUAUAUCUUGUAGGUGAAACAAGCUAAAAAAAUAGUAUAUAGAAUUUCAAAUUUAUUCCUCUUAAAUUCAACUUUAAAAUUCAUCAUGGUGUAUUUUCCCCGCCGGAGAUUGGG